AUGCGAGUCUCUUCGUUUUCCCUGGCACUAUCCAUCUCGUUGAACCAGGUGGCUUUGGCCUCGCUGGCCGCCAAAAGAGCCAAAGGUCCUUGGUUGGCAUUGGAUACCGACUUCCCCGACCCCAGCUUCAUUAAAGGCGAGGACGGGACAUGGUAUGCCUUUGGAACGAACUCGAAUGGCAAACGAGUGCAGGUUGCGACAUCGCCGGAUUUUGUUUCCUGGACCUUGCUCGACAAAGAAGCCCUGCCCACCUUUGCCGAAUGGGAGACUGACGUCUACCACUGGGCCCCAGAUGUGAUCCAACGGGACGACGGGAGAUACGUCCUGUACUAUUCCGGGGAUUCAAAGCAAAGCCGCCUUUGUAUAGGCAGCGCCGUCUCCGCAGGCAUAGAUCCCUCGGGGCCAUAUGUGCCCAACCCACAGCCUCUCUCCUGCCGGAAAGACCAAGGCGGGUCCAUUGAUCCGUCCGGCUUUCUCGACACGGACGGAUCGCGCUACGUGGUGUUCAAGGUGGACGGCAACAGCAUCGGGCACGGUGGCGACUGCAACAACGGGGUUGCGCCGCUGCAACCCACCCCGAUCAUGCUGCAGAAGGUCGCGGCCGAUGGCUUCACCCCCGUCGGCGAGGCAGUGCAGAUUCUCGACCGGGACGACAGCGACGGGCCGCUCGUCGAGGCUCCGAACCUGAUCCUCCACGACGGCACGUAUUUCCUUUUCUACUCGACGCACUGCUUUACAGACCGCGAGUAUGAUAUCCGCUACGCGACGGCCAGCUCCGUCACGGGGCCCUACACCAAGACCGGCGUGCAGCUGGUCAAGACGGGCGACUAUAAUCUGACCUCGCCGGGGGGCGGGACGGUGUGUCCCUGCGGUGAUCGAAUGCUGUUUCAUGGAUUCUGUGGAGGGAAACGAUGUACAUAUGCUGCGGAUAUAUUGAUUUCAGGGACGUCAGUUAAUUUUGUGUAA